AUGAGCGUGGUCUCGAAGAAGACCCAGUUCCUUGACUCGAUAAGCUUCGUUGGAGGUUUUUAUACCGAUUCCGCAUAUCUGCAAAUGGCACCCAACUCGAAUCAUGGUAGAAUCUUAUUCAUCGACGCAUACGAUUCUUUUUCAGAAAAUAUCGCUGCUUUGUUCUGCCAAAUCCUUCCUGUGGAAGUCACAAUGAUCCAUAUCGACACACAGAUAGAAGAACUUCUGGACAAGCCGGCUGAUUGUACUCAAAACGCGCUCGCCCUCUAUCUACAAAACUUCGAUGCUGUUGUUCUGGGCCCUGGACCUGGAAACCCAGAGGCUACUUCUGAUGUUGGUUUAUUCUCCGAGAUCUGGAGGCUUCCAAGUCUUGAUGUCGUGCCAGUACUGGGCAUCUGCUUGGGAUUUCAAAGCUUGUGCCUUGCUUAUGGAGCAUCUAUCAGACGUAUGCUGGAGCCAUGUCAUGGUCAUGCUAAAGGAAUCAAGCAUUGCGAUGAGGAUAUCUUCACCAAUGUUGGAGAAGUCAUUGCAACGAAUUACAACAGCUUAGAAGUAGAGCUCGGAGAUAAGCACUCGUUGGCUGAGGACAGUGGUCCGACCUCUUCUUCGCCUUCUGUCGAGUCUGGGAGUUCGUCUCCAAGCACCCUGUGUACAGAAUUUUACCCAAGUCAACCAGAAUUCGAACCUUCUCUCACCUGUCCCAAAUUAAGGCCUCUGGCUUGGGAUGGCUUCGGAACUUCGAUGAGCGUGAAACAUGUCGAGUUGCCUUUUUGGGGCCUGCAGUUCCAUCCAGAAUCUUGCAAGUCCAAUGCUGCAUGUCAGAGCAUAAUCAAGAAUUGGUGGAAUACAAGUAUGCAUUGGUCCACCCGUACUAGACGAGCUACAAACCUCUCCAGGUCUAAACUCUUGUCCGGGCAUGUAUGGUCUAGGCCUCUUACGCCGAUUCAUAUCAUUGCCGAGCCUUGUGAUAUUGCUGAGAAUCAUAGACUUACAUCAACACUUCAGGAAGAAUUGCAGGCCCUUACUGCUUCGUCCGCAGCAACCGUGGAAUUCCAUACAAUGAUGCUGCCUAAAAGUGCAGGCCAAGUUCUGGAACUAUGCAGGAGUUUGUCACAGAACGACCAAGCCAUUUUGGAAUCGACCAGAAAAGGACGAUUUAGUAUUUAUGCUGUGCCAGGUCCGUCGGAAUUUCGGAUGGAAUACAAUCUGGAAACGUCCACAUGCACCCUAAACCUCACAGAUCAGGACAAAAUGCAAUGGAAAAUGAAGCUUCUUCAUGUCUUGGACGAAAUUCAGGGGUUGGUGGUGAGGAGAAGAGUGAAGGCAGGCCAUGACUCGGUGCCAUUCUUUGGAGGGUUCAUCGGCUACUUUUCAUACGAAGUCGGUCUAGAAAGACUAGGAGUUAAGCAAGAACUUCGGUCGGCUUCUGAAGUGCUUCCUGACAUAAACUUGCUAUGGGUUGAGCGAAGUAUAGUGAUCGACCAUGUGUCAAAUGAAGCUCAUAUACAGUCUAUCCGUAAAGACGACUCAACUUGGAUCGCAGAAAUGGUGGACAAGCUCAACCGGCUGGGCUGCCCUGAAUCUCCCAUCGCACUACGCUCGGCAAGAUUGCAAGCGCUGCUCACCGCGGCAAAGAUCAGGCUGCCUGAUGAGGAAAUCUACAAACGGGAGAUCCAAGCCUGCCAGGAUUACCUGCAUUCUGGGGACUCCUACGAGCUCUGCCUCACAACUGGAGCACAGAUCAGCCUGCCCACCCACCCUGAGAACUCCUGGCUUCUAUAUCAUAACCUCCGCCACCACAAUCCUGUUCCGUUCUCCGCCUUUCUUCGCCUUGGCAGAACUACUAUCCUCAGCUCCUCUCCCGAACAAUUCCUCUCCUGGGACCGCUCCAGCGGCUCCAUUAACAUGAUCCCUAUGAAAGGCACCGUCGCGAAAUCGCCAUCCAUGAAUCUCGCACUUGCCAAAGAAAUCCUCGCAUCCCCCAAAGAAAGUGCCGAAAAUCUCAUGAUCGCCGACCUGAUCCGUCACGAUCUCUACUCCACCGUCGGCUGGAAUGCGUCCGUCGAAGUCAUCAAACUCUGCGAAGUGGUCGAGCACGAAACCGUCUACCAGCUCGUCUCACACAUCAGAGCCAUGCCCUCCAUUCCACCAACCCUCUCCGCCGAUGAGCGCCAACAGGAAAUCAUGCGCUACGGCCACAAAGCGCUACGCCAGACCCUGCCGCCAGGUAGCAUGACCGGCGCGCCCAAGAAACGGUCCUGCGAGAUCCUGCGUCGUCUCGAGCAGAGACGGCGCGGCGUGUACUCCGGCGUGCUCGGCUAUCUGGACGUGGGCGGUGGUGGCGCGUUUUCGGUCUGCAUCAGGACGGCGGUGUCGAAUGCGGAUGAGGACCGGGAUGGGAGGCAGACUUGGCGCGUCGGUGCGGGCGGAGCGAUUACGGUGCUGAGCGAUGUGGAUGCGGAGUGGGAGGAGAUGAAGACGAAAUUGGAGAGCGUGUUGAGGGCUUUUAGGCCGGAUGGGUAG